CUGCGUUCCCAAACGCAGGUUCAAGCAGCAGCGUUUCUUUCCCACCCACGCCCUAUCUCCAAAAAGAUAGUGGUAACGAGUGACCAGUUAGAGUUCCUAGAAAAGUACAGAUAUCUACAGUAAUACUGCAGAGAAACUCCGGUUGCAACGAUCUAUUCCCCGCUGCUUCUCAGCAAUUUGCAAGAAAUCGGAGUCAUCACACCUACGAAAGGACGAGCGGGGAGGAGUUCACUCGCUCGAUAUCGAUCAGGCUUGGGACGAGUUCUUUCCAUAAGUGACUAGCUCGUCGAGUUGGUAUUCGUCAGAAUGUCGGCAACACAGAAUACGCGGGUUAUCAUCACCAUAGUAAACCGCAUCGCCGAAAAGCUUCCUGUCAACUCGGGCAGAAGUUUGACGUCACUAGAAGCAGACCCAUUCUUCAACCAGCACGUCAACGCCCUCACUGAUCUCGCGCAAUGGAGGUUGAAAGACGUUGUCAGAGCGCUCGCCAACGCUUUGGAUGGGAUAUCUAGGGCCCCAGGUGCAACAGGGAACGAUGAGGGGGCUUUAUCCAUGGACGUACUCCAAUCUCAACUUUUUGUGCUGUUGUUACUGGGAGAAUGCACGUCGUUGGCCUGGAAAGCCCAUCGAGAAGCAUUGUCGGGGUUUGGCAGGCCUGAGCAGAACGAAUCUAUGACGGGGAGCAGAGGUGCCCCUCCAUCUAGACCGAAUAGGUCUUUGACCAUGCCUACGAGUCCCGCUCCAAUGAGAUCACAAAAUGCUAGCUCGAGGAUGGACGCGACGAUGGCUGGAGACAUUGCCAUGGGGACCGAUUCAUUGCGGAACUCUUCUACCUACCUCGCUGGGAAGCACGGUCGGCCUAUGGCAGCCGCUGCUUCAUAUCAACAAAAUCUGUCUCUUCACAACUCUGCUGCCGAUUACUCGGUUCAAAGCGCGGGCGCUUCUGGAACUUCAAGGUCCGCCCUUCCGGAUCCUCCACCUUUCGAUGAGCAGCUGGCCCGGUUUCUGCUCGCAGUCAUAACAAGAUUCUUUUACACUUCUGCGGCAUCUCUGAACAUUGACGCGGUUAAGCACGAAUACGGGUCCUUCUUUGCCGAUCACUCAGAUGCCGGAACGGCGGGUAGCAACACUGUAUUGUCGGCAUUCACCAAGCCAUCGGGUCCACCAGGAGCAUCUCUAUUCCCUCCAGGCAACUCGACUUUCACGACAUCUGAUGUACUCACGGAAGUUCGCAAAGCCGCUGGGCGCGUGCUUGCUUAUCUUUCCGCGUCAAACUGGAGCCUAGUAUUCGGCAAGAUCAAGGCACUGAUAGGUCACAUGUCUCAGUCAGGGGCUUCCGGCACCAGUGGGGGGCCAAACUCAAACGAUUCCGACCGGGACUCUGGUGACUUGACGGAGCUGCGAUUUUUGGAGUGGUGUACACUGAACCGCACACGCUUAGGGAUGGUCUUGACUGAGCUGACGCGGCAUUGCAAAUUAUUCGGGAAGAGAGCACAGAUUGCGAGUGCAAUAUACCUGAGGAGGGCCAUAUGGAACUGGAUAGAGGUUUAUCCACCAGAAUUCCAACUUUUAUGCCAAGGCCAAGGUCGCUUAGAAGGAUACCCGGAACAGCUCUUCGAGACGUUCAGCCUUGUGGCUGAGAACAGUCGCAGGAAAACUCUCUUUUGGCCAGUGCAGACUAUGCUCCUCGUUGUGUGUCCCGAGAUUCUGUAUAGCAUCGGCAUAGUGGGAAACAGUGGAGACAGACAGCGUCUUCUCGCAUCGCCAGGCGGGGUUACAACGGCUGUUGCCAAGAAAGCGAUGUUCGUGGAAACUUUGAGGAAGAAUGCUCGUGGCAGUAAAAUCAGCGAGAUAUCCAUUUUCUGCUGUGCGGAAGUGGUCCGUGCAUCUACGUUCGUCAGCAAAGCGGAAGGCGGACCGUUACGGCUGCUAGGCGCCGGUAUCGAAAUCGAGCUGAAGGAACGACUGUUCGACGGCCAGCGCUUAUUACCGCUAGCAAAUGGGAUCUCUUCAUCGGAGGAGUCUGGAACAUUGGAUUACAGGCUAUUCGCGGAUUGCAUCACUACGCUGUACAAGUCGAACCCCUGGAACACUCUGCGGUCCAUCAUUCCCGGCGUUGUUGACGCCUCUUCCACUCUGUACAAAGUCGCGCUGGUAAAAGGGUUUCACAAUCUCCUGACCGAGAUGGAUACCUUCUCGUGGACUCCUGCAGUGGAUGCUAGUGUAGCCGGCCACUUUAGAGCCCUGUUCGCGGAGGCUGUAACUAGUACACGGCUUACGUCCGAGGCGAAAGGGCGUAGAGGGGCAGGAUUCAGGUCACACAACAUCGACAGGAAGAUGAAGAGGGCCGCUCAAGAAGAGGCGAAUGACCGCCAUCAAAUCCUCACUCACAUUCUAUCGAUGUGGAGCAUUUGUCCAUUGCUAGCUGUGGCGAAGGGAUCGACGACCGUUCAUCCUGACGACUUACGCCCACUCUUCACCUCGUUAGCGACGUGCUUGCUGGAUCCCAAUCCCAUUGUUCGGCACCUGGCCAGCCAGAUUCUACCGAAGCUGAUGUCCCAAGAAGUUGCCUGCUAUUGGGAUGGUUCAUUGAACGACUGGAGGAUCCCGUUUUUGGAGAACAACCUUUCCAUAUCCGAAACAUCAAUGAAGGCGUUCUGGAAAGGAUCCAGCUGGAUAUUGCUCGGUGCCACCCGAGCGGUGCUGGAUGAGGGGGAUCUGAAAAAGGCUCUGGACUUAAUGGCUGAGCUUUGUCGGUUACAAAAUGAGGUUCUUCUUACACGAGGCUCCCUGGCCCACAUUGGCGCUGCCGCCCCUGAACGAUUCGCGGCAUAUGUUGCGUCCGAGGUGUCCAUCAUCGUGUCGAUAUCGGGAAGCUGGGGCGAUGGCUCGAUCUGCAAAUCCGUCGCAAGAUGGCUGGAAGAACUCCUGGCCGCCGGUAAUUACGGUCGUCCAGCUGAUGGGGAUUUCAAAGUGAUCGCACCCCUGUUGGAGAACGCACCAGUGUAUGCGGAACUCGCGCGUAUUCUCGCCAACGUGGGGAGCGGUGGCGGCGGGCUCAAAUUGGUACAAAAACGUGUGCGGGCUGUACUUAGGACGCUGGUGACCCCCACACCGGGGAACAUGGGGGCAUGGGAAGAACUGUAUCGAUCUUGGAAGUCAAAUGAUAUCGUACCGCCUGGAAGAAAGCGCAGCGGUAGCGUAGGGAAUAUGGAAGGUGAUUCCAGUUUCAGCGGGGAUUACUACGCAUCCUCGCCCGCGAUCAAUGUGGAUGAGGAAUCGGGCGACAGGCGUGCCAAACUGAGGCGGCCGGCUAGCGGUGCUGGAUCGUAUAGCCCGUCAGUGGAAGACCGUACAGAAUGGGCAAAUCAAAUGUCUUUCCUAUGUGCUUUGGGAGGAAUCUGCCUCAAAGCCAGCGCUAUGGCUUCUGAGCAACAACAGGCGGAGCACGCUUCAACCUUUUCGCGGGCCAAUUCUACCACGCUGUCUCCAGAACUGGCGAUCAAUCGGCGGAAGUCAACGGGGUCUGCACCUUCCGGUGCCGGUGGAGAGAAUUAUCCCGUUACCGGCGAUGCCACUGGUGGAGGGCAACAGGCGUGGGCUGGAGCUGUGGGAUCUCAACUACUGGGCGCAUAUAGCAAUGCCAAGGCCGCUGUGGAGAAAUUCGUCGGGGAGAUUGUGGAUCUCCUUGCCUCAGAAAAUGUGAUCAUCCGUGAGAUUGUUCGAGACUGCAUGGGCGCUGAAAUGAGUGCAGGGAUGUACGCAACAUUGUUUGGUCAAUUCGCGACUAUCAUCGAGGACCAAAUGUUCGACCCCUCUGGACAACCUCGUCUGACCCUCCGCAAUACCGUCUUUGCAGACUACAUGACAUCAGUCCUGAGACUAGCUUUGGAUCGAAGCGACGCAGCAUCUGUUCUGUCCAGCGUUGCGGUCGGCGAUCUAGACUUUGGCUCUAUUUUCGGCAACCUGGUGCGAUACGUGGACGCUCUGAUUGCCGUAGACCCCACGCAUUUCCCGGUUCGAAUGCGGCUAUGCACUGCAAUCGAAUUGCUUGUCGCCAAAAGGGGGCUCAUCUCACUGAUCGGCGAAAUGAGAAUCCGAAAAGAUAUCACGUUUGCGCUCGUAGAACGUGGAUUGCAGGACUACCGGCGCGAAACUCUUGAGAUUCGGAAACUCCAAAGGAGUGCACAUUUGCAAUGCGUGAAAGCGCUUGCCAGGCUCCUAGAGGAUCUCCCGUUCGGGGCGGAAUCAACACGGAUUUCGAACUACUUAUUGCAAGGGUUUGAGCGGACAGGGAAGGACGAAGAAGAUACACACAGCUUGCAGCUGAUAGAGCAUACCGGCGCAGCGUUCACCGCGUUGUUGUCAGCAAACACCGAGUUCGAGCUCAACUUCGCCAUGGACAUGACGUAUGCGGAGAACGAAACCCUUAGAGGAAUGUUCAUCAAUGUCCUCACAAAUCUCAUCAAAUCGGGUGGGAUCAUCGAGAAGGUUACAACUGCGCUUGGCAACAAGCGCGAUAUCACCCGUGGUCGGUCAGCACGGUUGGUGCAACUUAUAGCGGAUACACCGCAAGGGCUCGAAAUCGCAGUCCUUCUCGGUGAAGUUGCCCCGGUCGGAGAUGUGGAUGAGAUUGGAGCCGUCUUGAUCAGUAUUUUUGAUGCAUGCGGGCGUGCAUUGGAUCUGAUUGAGAGGGUAGUGCAGCGAGAGGUGGACAACACCGAUAGCCCCGCACAAUUGUUUAGGCGGAACAGUAUGGCCACGCGGCUCCUCACGAUAUUCGCGAACACGAAUGGACAGGAAUAUCUUCGGAAGACAUUGAGUCCUAUUCUCUCAGAACUUGCUGAGCGCUGUCCUCCAAUGAGCUUUGAGGUCGACCCGACUAAGGUUAACACUCAGGAUCUGGAGGGAAACAUGAGGAAUUUGAAGGUGGUCAGUCAAGGCAUUCUCGAUAGCAUCAUCGGACCGGGCGCCGUUCAGAUGCCACCCUCCCUAAGGGAAGCCUGCGCAUUAAUCUGGAGAAUCGUUGGAUCACGUUUCCCAGACGCACAGCCCACGGCAGUGAGCGGAUUCCUCUUCUUGCGGUUCAUCUGCCCCGCGAUCGUAUCCCCCGAAACACAUGGAAUCAUCCAAGCUGCUGAAGUACGAAAGGAGCUUCGUCGUGGCUUAGUUUUGAUCACGAAGGUGGUGCAGAACUUGGCGAACAACGUGCUCUUCGGUGCGAAAGAAGCCUUCAUGAGUGGCGCCAACGACGUCUUGCGGGAUAACGUUGCCAAAGUACAUUCCUUCCUUAGCGACAUACCAGCCUUCUCAUCCAGGGAGCAAGCACAUACCCCUAACCCAAUGAAGUCGAAAAUCGACGACUCUGACAUAGUCAGGCUUCAUCGACAUUUGUCGGCCAACCUGGAUCGUUUAGAGAAGGCGAAAGUCACGGUGUCUUCUGCCGUGCCACUCGCACGCCUUUCGGCGCUCAGUUUGCAAAAAACUGGGAAAGAUGAGGCCUCCUCGGAAGCGAACUCUCCGUCUUCUCCAGUUACGCGAAAGCCGCCGAGCUCAUCCGCCGCCACGAAAACCAUGUCGAGCAAUUUGAGCGUGUCGAGUUUCGGGUUGCCGUUUCCAUUCGAAGAUCGACUUGGGUCAGCUCCUGAUUACAAGGUCGUGUUUUCAGAACUAUGCACCCUCUUGUCGCAAAUGGGGCCUGGUCUGAAAGGAUCGUUGGCCGAAACGGGGGACGAAGCAGGAUUGCGAAAAUCACAGUCUGAGAUGGGAGGAGAAAAUGUAUCCGUUUCCUUCUCGCCCGUAGCAUGGCUCAAAGGGCCGCGUACGCAAAUACCGGUUGUCUUGACGGUUGGAAAUGACCGUCUGAAGGUGUCAGCUAAUAGACGCCCUGAAGAAUCCGGCGAGUAUUUCGAAGAAACGUUUCACGCUUCUGCUAUCGAUGAGCUCGGAUUGAACCGCGAUCAGGAGCUGUUUGUAUUAGCUACUGAGAAGAACGGUCUCGCACGUGGAACACCGAUUGUGCUGAACUUCGCAUCCUCCAAAGCUGAGACGAUUGUCCAGGCAUUACGUGUCAUGGUCAGCAAGUUCCGGCUCGGGCUCUCUCGGUCAUCGUCGUCUGUAAUGAUGUCGAGCUUCUCAAUUGCCCCUGAUCUGCAUUCCGAAACGAAGCGUGAAGAGCUGCAAGCUGGGGAUGUCGCUGGUGGACUCCUGAACGUUGCGUUUUCGACAUUCGGAAGUCCUGAUCCCGCUGUUCGUCGGGCGGGGUACAACUUGCUGUGCGCACUGAUUUCUGAGUUCAGUCUGUCGGUUGGAAUCCCGAACCUUCGCGGUGACAAUUUGUUUGGUGGGAAAGGCGUCUUCAUACCGCUCAGCAAUCAAUCCUUUCUAAUGGAGAUCAGUCAACGAAUUGCGAAGGCACACCCGGAAUUGACUCUAUCUUUCAUCGGCGAGUGUGCUCUUGGGAUGACACGGUGUGGAGAUUCAGGCAAGAUCGCCUCGCUGCAGUACGUGGGUCCUUGGAUCGACAACAUCGCGCAGCAGGUCGAGGCGGUUAACGAAACGACGGAGAAGCUACAGCAAACAUUGAUGAUGUUCGUCGACGUGACCUUCAAGACUCCGGCCCUGGAAAGUUUGUUCAGACAGGCUAUCUGGGUCAAGCUUGCCGCUCUACCUAUGCUUGUACCAGGGAUUGUCUCCUUCCUCAUCCAAGCGGCGCUUGAACGAUCGACUCGCCACUCUGACGUGGAAGUGUUGGCUAACAUUUUGCAUGCCCUUGCGUGUCACAGCGAGUACCCUGUGUCAAGUAAAAUCUUCUCCGUGCUCCGGAAAACCAUUGUCUCGACGUCAUAUCGGUCUCUCCCAGCCCUGAUCGACCAUCCUGCCUGGACUGAGAUAGCUGUGCUCAUCCGCCUGGCAUUGCAUCUGUCUUUCGACGACUGGAAGAACAUCGAUGAAGUACUGCCGGAUCUAUUCUACGUGGUCUCUAUUGUUGCCGGGACCGGCUCUCCGACAGUACGGACCAGCGUGCACGGUAUCAUAGUGAAUGCCAUUCAUACUUUGGCCACUUCCGGGACCCUACUCCCGGAGGGAAAAGAGAAGAUGGAAUCGUUGGUUGACGAGCUCGCGGAGCCGAGGCUCUGCUUACCCUUUGGGCUCAGUGGGGACGCGGAAUUACCACGGGAGGUGACCUUGGGCGGUCUAGACGCGAUCGUGAGGUGUUUAUUGGAUAUUUCGACUUACGGAACCGCGGAUCGAGAUCAAACUUCUCUCUGGCGGGCUCGAUGGAUGUCCCUGAUAUCAAGCACUGCUUUCCAGUACAACCCCGCAGUGCAGCCUCGAGCCUUCAUUGUUCUGGGUUGUCUUGCAAGAGACGAGGUGGAUGACGACCUGCUAUACCAAAUCCUGGUCGCAAUGCGAGGUGCUCUUACAUUAUUUGAUGACGACGAUUCUCAUCUUAUCGUGAGCAUCACAAUGUCUCUCUGCGACAUCGUAUCCGGCCUUCCCUCAGGCUCACGCUACCUCGCUGCCAUGUUCUGGCUUGCUCUUGCCUUAACACAAAUCGGGCAUCCUCCGAUAUUCCAUGCCGCAACAACGUUCAUGACCAUGGUCUUGCGCACUUUGCACAAAUGCGGGGUUUUCGACCGCGACGGAAUUUACAAGCCACUGUUGCAAGCUCGUGCAGGCUUAGAAGAUGCUGCAUUGCAGUUGGACAAUCACGUUGGCCUGCACUUCCGUCUGGACACAUUUCCGUUCGCGCUCGCAGCAAACCUUCUCAAAGGAGUAAGGCACCAUGCGACAAAGAAGGCCACGCUGGACUCUCUGAAAGCGAUUCUCGAGAUGAACACAUUAUUCGGAGGCACAAGAGACCCUUGGAGCGAUCGAUUAGCUUUCUUCCUUCCGGUCUUCUCGCUUUCGGACAGGCCUGCGGAAAUCUGGCGACUGGCAGGCUUCGAACCCGUGCCGGGAGCAAGGCCUGACGACGACUCGGCCCCAUUGCGGGCGGAAUACUGUGCUCAACUUCUGCGACUUGCCGUUGCCGGCGGACCGGGGUCCUCAGCUGGAUUGAUGGACCCGGCGGCACCCGUGCAUCUAUUGCUCAGCGUUCUAUUCAUGUGUAACAUGCUGGAGAGCGCGGAGCACGAUACCGAGCUCAUCACCAUAUACAGCUUCCUGGCUGAAGCUUCGGAACAAGCACCGGAGAUCUUCGCCAUGAUCUCGGACAUAGUGUUGGUUCGCCUCAAUCAAACGCUCACCACCACCCAAUCCGUUCCCCUCAUCCGACAAAUUCAAACUCUGACCAAGGGCAUUAUGGGACAUCGUUAUACCGGACCUCCCAACCAUGCCUCUGGACUCUCGACUGCUACUUAUCGCAGCAUAACAUCAAAUCCGUCAAGUCCCCACGCGGUAGCUUCAUCAAUCAGCAGCACCGACUCCGCGCUCUCUGGAGGGACGCCGCCCGUCCUUCCCAGCUACCUAUUUUCGUCUGCGACAACGAGCUCCCUUCCAUCUCCAGCAUCCCCGGAACCCCUCGGCGGUGGUCAUCACACUUUGUCCAUGCCAUCGCGAUUGGUAGACGCUGGCCUGCCUGGCCUACCUGAUGCGGGCACCUUCGCUCAUGCGAGCCGGAGCCGCAAACUAAAGUGCGCGGCACUGGUUUGUGACCUCGUCGACGCCAUCAUUGCACUGUGAUCGCUCGCCACACCGUCUUUGGCGUUGUGCAGGAGGUUUUUUUUGCAUCAUCCUCAGUUUCACCACCUGAUCACCUUCGAUACCAGCGUACUUAUGUAAUUACAUAGAGCUUUACAUGGCA